CCGGUGCGGCCCUCCGUGCGCGCGCACCGGCAGGCCCUCGAGGCGGCGCCGUCGGGGAUCGUCUCCGGGCUCGACCUCGGCCGCCUCAACUCCUCCCGCGCCGUCGGCUCGCUCCGCAAGGUCGAUGCCGGACCCGCUAGAUGAGGAGGACAGGGCCAAGUGCCCGCACUCCAUCGUGCUCGCCAGCGACGAGUUCCGGGCCCGGGGGCGGACCGUGGAGCUGCCGUGCUUCCGUGCGGGCUCACGCUGUACCCCAAGAUCACGCAGUUCAGGGAGGGGGAGGAGCCGCUCAUGGUCUCCCAGUUCAUGAUGGAGCUGCAGGUCGGUGGAGGAGGAUUUGGCUGGUGAGAUGGCGGGGCGCAAGGAGAUGGCGCUCAACCUGGCCAAGUUCAUCGACAAGGGCAUCCAGGUCAAGCUCACCGGCAGCCGCCAAGUUACAGGAACUUUAAAGGGAUAUGACCUACUGCUGAACUUAGUGCUGGAUGAAGCAGUCGAGUCUGAAAGAGAGGGCGAGCUGGAGGAGAUUGAGAAGGGCUUGGAGCCUUUGUGGGAGCGCUUGGUCCACCCGCUCAAGCGCAUCGUUGACAGGCUGAACGUUGUUCACCACAUCAAGGCUGUCAAGGACUCGCCCGACCUCUGUGCCGCCAUCGAGGAUGUCCAGGUAGUCUCUUCUUCUGUCACGCUGCCUGUGAUCUGGACGAACGAAGUCGUUGAUUGGUUAGCGCAUCAUCAGAUGAUGAUGCUAUCUCUGUAUUCCUUCUUGCUCCAUGAAUUAAUCCUGAUGAAUGCUGCUUGUUUUGCACAAGCUGACAAGGACACUAGCUAGAGCGCACUACCGCACCUCUUCUUCCAGCUGUUAUGUAAUAAGUGUUCUCAGUUGGUAUCAAAUGCGGUACCCUGUUCACCCUGCUUCUGUUAUGUUACAAGUGUUUUGAAUUAAGUCCAUAAAUGAUUGUUGUCCAGUGCACACAGUAGCACUGCAAAAUGCAAGUAUGCUGAUUAUUUUUUGAAAACUCUAUAUAUUAUUUCUAGCAUCUUAUACAUGUAAAAAGAGAGUUAGAAAAUGUGAAUUAAGUGUAACCAUGAGCUUUGUUUGUUCUUGUACUCUUUGUAUGUUCCUGAUCGCCACCACCGACUACGAGCGGGGGUCCUGGUCCUCUCCCUCGUCGUCCUCGGUGGCGGCAUCGCGGCUUGGCGCCAUCGCCGUGCCCUGCGUCAACGUCACGAUCAGCUUCACGGAUCGCCGUCUUCACGAGGUUGGUCGAAGAGGGCUGGAGUUCAUGCUGUUCCUGCUGUCCUUGUUCGUGUUCCUCUUCGGUACCUCCUAGUUCAUCUUCGACCUCAUCCUGGGCGACGGCCGAAGGCAUGAUGAUAGUUCUAUUGCUGUCCUAGUGUAGCGAAGGUAGCCUAGUCGACUAUGGUCGCGUAGUUAGUCAUGCAUACAGUUUCAUCUGACUGGAGCAGGAGCCCAGUUUGUGCUGAUUGUCAAUUCUCAUUGUGAUUGUCCCUAUAUCUGUGUGACUGAUUGUAUUUGUAUCUGUGUUGUAACUGUGUCAUGACAGAAGGAGCCCAGUAUA